AUGGCGUCCGCACUGCAGAAGCUCGCCCCCCUCUCCCGGCGCCUGAUGGGCCAGCGCGUCGCCAAUGCCGCGCCGCGACGGAGCUUUGCUGCCGAUGCUCAUGGCGAGGAGAAGAUCAACUUCUGGGAGUCUCCCAUGGAGGUUGGGCGAUGGAAGGAGGAGCAGACCGUGCUCGUGGUGCUGGCAGGCUGGGGCGUCGGCAUCUACUCGGCCAUGAAGAUCUUUGGCAAGAAGAAGGAGGAGGUCCCCGCUGCGCCCACUGCAUGA